UUCUUUAAUAUUCUAGAAAUGCCAUAUUCGAAAUCUAUGGCACUCAUCGCGGAAGAAAAUGGUGCGUGCGUUAGAAAGUGGGAUCAUCGCGUGGAUGGAUACUUGAGUCAAAUGACACAGAGCGUUGCGAACUUCGAGAUCAAAAGCCAUCUCUACACACUCCCUUCGGUUCACCAAAAAUGUGGAUUCUCUCAGCACUUAGCAGGGUCACAAUUGAGCCUGUCAUGCUCAUAGAUGGCGCUUGCAACCAAGCCAUGUUGCUUUUCCUGGAGAACAUUCAGAUGAACAAGAUAUGCUCCGUCUCCCUCGGGUAUUCACCAGAAAUAUGUGGAAACCUGAGUCGCCAUGAGGAAGAGAACAACGAGGUGCAAAAGGAAUUUAGCAAAGUCGCGUUUUACAACAACAUAGUCCUUUCUGUCCCAUCUUUGGUAUUUGUGCUUUUCAUGGGAGCCUGGAGCGACAAGUAUGGAAGGAAGAUUCCACUUCUUAUAACUCUGAUGUGCCAUAUAAUGUAUGCAUCAGGAUACCUCAUCAGUAAUUGGCAGACAUCUUGGCCUGUUGAAGUUCUAUACCUCGUCUCAUUCUUAGAGGCAGUCGGUGGAUGUGAUGUUGGUCUACUUACUUCAACCAUCAGCUAUAUCAGUGACAUAACACCAGAAAAGAGUAGAACGUCUCGAGUCAGUACUGCUAACUCCAUGUGGUACUUAGGUGGUCCACCGGGCACUCUCAUUGGAGCUCUUAUCAUAAAAUAUUCUGGUUAUAAUGUAGCUCUUGGUCUGGUCGUGCUGGCCUAUAUUUCAGCUGCACUAUACGUGAUUUUCUUCAUCAAGGAGAGCCAUGGGCCCUUUGCCAAGAGGGAAUUCCAGGUAAAACAAACUCUCCAGACUCAAGAGGUAAUCAUUCCUGAGGGCAAUUUUUCUGCUGCCCAAAUGAUCAAAGAUUUCUUUAACUGGAAACGAGUAGCAGAAUCCUUCAAGACUGCACUCAAAAAGAGAGAAGGAAAUACUCGUGCUGUGCUCCUAACUACAAUAGUUGCAAAUAUGAUUCGCCGAGUUGCAAGAGGUUUCCUUAUGUACAUGUUUGUCCGUAAAACUUUGUUUUGGGAUGCUACAGAUUAUGGUUACUGGGUCACAUACAGAAACUUUCUGGCUGCAAUAGGUUCUUUGUUCUUGGUUCCUCUGAUGGCAAAGUUUCUAUCUAUCCAUGAUGCUGCAUUAGUAGUGUUGGGUUCUGUGUCUAUGAUGGCAGAAUAUAUCUGUUAUGGGAUGAUCAGAAAUGCAGACCAGUCAUUUCUUGUAUGGCUUGGGCCAGUAGUAGGCCUCAUUUCAAAUGCAUGUAUCAUUGCAUUCAGGUCACUUUCUACAAAGCUGGUUGAUAGCAACGAAAAAGGACGCAUCAGCGCUGUGGUUUGUGCUGUCAACGGAUUGAUGCCUAUGGUGGCCUCUGCCGCCUACUCUCCUCUGUACUACAGUACUGUUGAAACAUUUCCCGCAGCCCAGUUCUUUUUAGGAGCCAGCCUCAAUGCAGUCAUCGUAACUGCGUUUAUAUGUGUUUUGGUAAUGAGUGUCAACUUGUCAAUUGGCAACAACGAUCUAGAAUCUUGUGGAGACAAAACUGGUAAUGGAGUGAACAAUGUUCUGGAAAGAAAGACAUCUGGCACUCCCCAGAAAAGUCUAAGCAGAACUUCAAGUAAAGUUCAUCCAAACAGCAACGGUAUUGAGGCUUCAUUAAAGGACAGUUUCCGGCACAAUCAGGAAGUGACCAUGGACAAGUGCUCGGCAGAGUCAAAAUAUGCUUUGGAAAUCAAUAAACAUCAGCGAGGUGUAAUCAAUCAUUCUUUUGUGAGCGAAAAUGAGGAUGACACUAAAGUGCUGAAUCCUGAGACUGCCAGCCAGAAUAUCUCAUCAGUUGACAACAAGGGCAGCUGACAACACAAGUCGAGUAUAGAGGAUUCAGCAAAGACUGGAAAUGAUCAUGAAAAGUACAACACAACUGAAAAUACUUGAUUAAAAUAUUUGUAAAAUGUAGCUAAAGCAUAGCCAUUUUCUUUUAGAUACAAGUCUUUAGUUCUAGUAUUUAUGUUAUGUAUGAUAAGAAGUAUUUUUUGUAAACUUGUUAUGCAUUGUAAUUUAGUUCAUACCACUACAUCAUAGUCACCAAAGAUUUUCGACACUAUUAGCUAUAAUAAAAUGUCAAUACUCUAAUGUACAUAUUUUUUAAUAUAUUGCACAAAAUGAA